AAGCCAACGAAAUAAUACUUACUGUUUUUCUUAAGUUCCAAAGAAAACAAGCUUGUCUAUUCUAUGAAUAUUAGGACUUUUAUUUUCAACACUCUGAUCACUCAGAUAGAAAACAAAGACGAGUAAGAUGCAGAUAAUAUUUGUGAAAUCGUUGGACAGCAAGACUAUUGCCCUCGAUGUUAAGUCCAGCGACUCGGUUGAGUUCGUGAAGAGACUGAUUGUUCAAGAGAGUGGUGCUGGUGCUGACGCGGAGGAAAUGAGGCUGGUGUUUGCUGGUAAAGAGCUUGAAGAUUAUCAUGUCGUUGCUGAUUAUGAGAUCCAGAACGAGUCGACGGUGGAUGUUCUUGUGAGGCUGAGAGGAGGAAAGGGAGGGCAUGGAAGGAUCGAUCCGAACUUGAUUGUGUUGGCUCAAAAGUACAACCAGAAGAAGAUGAUUUGUAGAAAAUGCUAUGCACGUUUGGACAUUCGAGCCAAGAACUGCAGGAAGAAGAAGUGUGGACACAGCAACCAGUUGAGGCCCAAGUCAGUUCUGGAUUCCAAGGGCUCGGGUUAGGAGUCAUUCUGAGUUUCGCUUGAGUUAUCUAUUUUAUAUCUUGUAGAAGUUUGAUAGUUGAGCCUUUUUGAGUGUAAUAAGUGAUUGGCACUAUUCUAAUUGCCGAAACAAGUUUCUGACUCGAAUUGGUUUGAACCUUGAUCACCUUAUGUUAAUGGUUAUAUGUGUGAUUGCAAAUAAACUAUUUAU